AUGGGACUAAUUGAAGGAUUUAAAGUCAACAUUUUAGAAGCUAUUGGUAAGGACAACCUUUACCCAGUGGCUAAUACUUUUAUCCUCUUGGCCUUGCUGAUGACCCUCAUCACUUUUGCUGACUUGAAGGUGAAGAAAAUCAAGAAUGGAAGGCUAACCAUUUUCUUCAUGUUCGAGUUCUUUAUUCAGGAUAUUGUCAUUGAAAAAGGUCCCCUGGAAAAAUAUUUUGGGUUGGUAACCAUGCUUGGGUUGAUGCCACCAAUUUCGUGCCAGGAUCAUCAACUCAGUUUCAUUUGUUACAAUGUAGUGCCAAAAAGAAAAUGCAUGAUGGUGUAA